AUGGUGGACUACAGCCGUGGUCAUCACAAGCGCGCUGGUACAAUGCCAGAUCGUGACGCCCUUCCAGCUGUUCUACAGUUUCCGAGCGGUAUUUUCGAAAUCGCAGUACUGGCGGCUUCUGACCACAUUCCUCUAUUUCGGCCCCCUCUCGCUAGACCUCGUCUUCCACGUCUUCUUCCUAACGCGCUACUCCCGCCUACUGGAGGAAUCCUCCGGCCGCUCCCCAGCCUACUUCUCCUGGCUCCUCCUCUACUCCACGACCUGCCUGAUCUGCCUUUCGCCUUUGGUGUCCAUGCCCUUCCUGGGACACCCGCUCUCCUCGACGCUCGUGUACAUCUGGUCGCGCCGGAACCCAGACACGCGGCUCAGCUUCCUGGGCUUGCUGGUGUUUACGGCGCCGUACCUGCCGUGGGUGCUGAUGCUGUUUAG